AUGCACACAAAAUUCAUGGGAGAUAUGAACGCAAAAAUAGGAUAUCCAGAACAAAACGAACAAUUAGUAAUGGGAAAUUUUGGCUAUGGCACAAGAAAUAAAAGGGGGGAAAUAUUUAUACAUUUUUGUCUACAACAUAGAUUAAAAAUAGCAAAUACUACGUUUAAUAAGCCAAAUGGACUAAGGUGGACCUGGAAAACUCCGGAUGGAAAGUCACAAAAUGAGACAGACUUCAUAGCAACAAAUAUAUCAAAAACCUUAGAAAACUUUACCGUGAUAAGUAAACUACAUCAUCCCAGCGACCACAGAAUGGUAAGAAUUACUAUGAGCGUACAAAAUAACAAAGAAUCCCGAGUCCACUACAGCAAGGCAACAACGAACACUGAGCUAAACAAUACAGACGAAGAAUCACCCUCAUUGUCUGACUACGAUGACGACAUACAAAAAAUAAACAACAAACUAAAGAAAACUCUAAUAAAAUGCUCUACGAAAAAUUGCACAGAAAAUAAAAAUGAAGUAAUCAUAUCACAAGAAAUAAAAGAAUGGAAGUCAGAAAACCAUAUACUUAAAAAUAAGAAAAAUAAAAUCAAACAAGAAAAGGAAAGUUAA